UGUAGGGUACCCGGAGCAGGAUAGGCACCCGUUCCCUCAGAAAAGGGUCUACUCUUUAUUGCAUCACUCAACUCCAACUAUAGUCAACUCCCAUAAACAAACUAGGCUCUCCUCUGCCCUCCUUUCCCAAAAGGUCAACUCAUCUCUCCAUUCCCCCGAUCCCCAAAAUCCAAAGCCCGAGGGAGCAGAAUGGGCAAUGGCAUCACCAAGAAUCCGUGCUUCACCGGCGACCCGUACGCCGCCGCCGUGGCGUCCGACCCGCUCCCGGACGACAGCCACGGCCACUCCUUCACGUACGUGCCGUCGUCAACGGCGGCCUUCGACCAUUCCCCGAGGGCUGCCGCGAUGUCGUCCGAGACGUCCUUCUUCUCGCUCUCCGGCGCGGCCAUCAGCGCCAACCCGGCGACGUCCGCGUCGAUGCCGUCGUUCCGCCUCUACAACGAGCUGACGUGGCCGCCGUCGACGGCCUGCACCUUCGAGAGCUCGCGCUCCUUCGCCGCGGAGCCGCUCCAGGCCGCGCCGCCGAGGCUGUCCAUGUCUGGACCGCUCCAGGCGAUGUCGGGGCGCUUCUCAGAGGCAUCGGGAUCGGCCUCCACCGCCUCCGACCGGUUCUCGGACCAUCCGUUCAUGGCGGGCAUGCUCGACCGCACCUCGUCGGCCUCCUCCACCGUCAGGCUCAUGCCCAGCUUCUCCCACCUCAUGGACGACCCCCGUGUCGCGCGCUCUCGCCUGACCAAUGAGCGAUCGCUUAUCCGAUCCCUCGUCAGGGUCGCCUCCAAGCUCCGGUUCGGGGUGCCGCUCUCUGGCCGCCGGUCGCAAGGACCCGCUGAGCCGACCAAGGUCGAGUCCCACAGCGACGGGGACUACCGCUCGACGCCGAAUGCCAAUGUGGAGUGGGCUCAGGGCAUGGCGGGCGAGGACCGGUUCCACGUCGCCGUCUCGGAGGAGCACGGGUGGGUGUUCGUCGGGAUUUACGACGGCUUCAAUGGGCCCGACGCAACCGACUACCUCUUCGCCAACCUCUACGUCGCCGUGCAUCGCGAGCUCAAGGGCGUGCUCUGGGACGACAUAAAUGGCGUCGACGGCGUCAGGGACAGCCUCGCGAACCCGGCUCCGGCCAAUGCCGCACGCCCCUGUUUCUUGGACGCAGGCGGGGACGACGACCCAGAGGCAGAGCCGAAGGCGAAGAGGGGCCGGACCGAGCGGCCCGUCCCGAGCAAUGCCGACGACGGGGGCGCCUCGACGUCGGUUCACCGCGACGUCCUGAAGGCGCUGGCGCGCGCGCUGACGAAGACGGAGGAGGCGUUCUUCGCGGCGGCGGAGGAGCGCGCGGCGCAGAGCCCGGAGCUGGGGCUGGUCGGGUCGUGCGUGCUGGUGAUGCUGAUGAAGGGCAAGGACGUGUACCUGAUGAACGUCGGCGACAGCCGCGCCGUGCUGGCCCGCCGCCGCGAGCCCGACUUCAAGGACAUCUUCUUCCGGCCGGACCAGGACCUGCAGCUGCUCAAGUCCGAGGUGAUGCGCGAGCUCGAGGCGCACGACAGGAAUGGCUUGCAGUGCGUGCAGCUCACUCCCGAGCACAGCACCGCCGUCAAGGAGGAAGUGCGGAGGAUCAGGUCCCAGCAUCUGACUGAUCGUCAGGCCGUCGUCAACGGCAGGGUGAAGGGGAAGCUCAGUGUUACCAGAGCAUUUGGUGCCGGCUACCUGAAGCAGCCAAAAUGGAACGACAGGCUGCUUGAAGCCUUCAAGGUUGAUUACGUCGGCGGCGAGCCCUACAUCAGCUGCACCCCGUCGCUGCGCCACCACCGCAUCAGCUCCGGCGACAGGUUCCUCGUGCUGUCGUCGGACGGGCUCUACCAGUACUUCACCAACAAGGAGGUGGUCGACCAGGUGGCCAUGUUCACCGCCCAGCAGCCCGACGGCGACCCGGCGAAGCACCUCGUCGGAGAGCUGGUGCUCCGUGCUGCGAGGAAAGCCGGUAUGGAUUGUCGCAGGCUGCUUGAGAUUCCGCAUGGCGACAGGAGGAACUACCAUGACGACGUGUCCAUCAUCGUCAUGACGUUCGAGGGGAGGAUAUGGAGAUCGUCCGUGUAGGCGUGUCAGUGAAGACUGAACACCGGAAGCUUCAGAGGAGUCGGAUGCGUUGCUUCGUUUAGGCUGGUAGGCUACAGUAGACACCGAAAAGGCCAAACAAACAGUAGUGCCCAAGCACAUGUGCUCAUCACCUCAAAAAAAAAAAGAGCACAUGUGCUGGUCAUCUCAAAAAACAAAACAAAAAAAAAGUGCAUAUGCUGAUGUGCCAUGAUCGAACUGACUAGUUCGAAUCAUGUGUUCUUCUUUGUUUUUGCCGAAACUGCUGUACAUAUAUAGUUCGGCAGGAGGAAUUAUGCUAGGCUCAUGUAAUUAGGUUUUUCGGCAUGAUGGCGAUAUAAAGAAGAAGGGAAAGCAUAUGCUCAAUAAUAUUAAUAACUGCUCUGUUUGUCGGUCUCAACUCUCAGCAAGCCAGUUAAUUUGGAAUCGAUUUCCAGUCACUUGUGUGUAGCAAGAAUGGGACGGAUUC